AUGAGCUAUUUUUGGUGGCUUAGCCUUUAUCUACUAGAUCCCUACAGAGAUGAUGAUGAUGAUGAUGGUGAUGAUGAUGAUGAUGAUGAAAGAAGAAAUUCAUUCACAUUAAAAUAUUGCAGCAGUGAUAGGAAUUCCACAUCACUCAUAAAGACGUCGGGCGUGCUCUUGAAAAAGUGGAAGACAUGUCGCGUCGCUCGUGGGCCUCGGGGGUCUGCGGGACGGCGGGGCCGCAGGGGCGACCGGCCAGCGCGGGGCACGAUAAGGCGCCUCGCGGCUGACCCGGGGGCGCCGUGGCUUCGCGCCAGGGGGCAGGGCGAGGGGCUCAGGGCGGCGGGGCCCGCGGGCGCCGUCGCGACAGACAUCGUCAGACGCUCGCCGCGACCGGUGCCGCCGCCUCCUCAGCCGCCAGCGCCUCCGCAGUCACUCGACCGCCGUGCGUGUCCGCCUUCAUCUGACGCCGCCGCCGCCGCCUUCUGCUUCGCCGAGAUGAACGCCUCCUCGCAGCACUUCGAGAGCCCCUUGGACACGGUGAGUGGCGCGGCGGCGCGGGCGCGCCCGCUUUUUGUCAAGCGCUGCAGAGACGUCACGUCGCCAGCGAAGGGGGGCCUCGUAGUCCCCCUGCGAUGCACGGUGCCCCCCGGCCCAUGCAACUCCCUGGUGCGUUGCGUCAGGUCGCCCUUGCUGCCCAGCCCCUUGCCCCCGGCCCUCGCGCCUCCCAUCCGCCACGCUCACCAUGCCGACGCUCGCAGAAUGCAAAGCCGUGUUUUGCUCCGUAAACUGAAAUCCAUGGCUGGUGUAAUUCGCUGA